UGUUGUUCUACAUAUCCCUGGUGGCUUUCUUGUCCUUGCUGGUCAUGUGGACAUACCGUUAUCGCACUUUCAUCACCCCACACCUCCCCGAACGCGUCAAGUCCCUAUUCCCGGGCUUGAGAAACUACACCCCUCUAUCGACCUUCUCAGAGCAGAUUGGAGCUGGAAUGAACUCCUCCGACUUUGAUAUCGAAGCAAACGUGCGUGAGGGAGACUCACGCCUGGGUUUGGACGAGCGUGGUACGCAAGAGGUGCUGGAGAUCAUGAGGCGAGAACGUGUCAAGUUUGACCAGGCAAGACUCAUCAGGCAGAAUCGCAUACUGGCUAGCAAUGGCAUCGACCCAUCCGGAAUGCCAUUGGACUCUAAAGCAAUCACACACUUGUAGA